GGAGGAGGGCAGGCGGGGUGAUGCGGCUGGGAGAGGAAAAGUCCGCAGGAAAGCGUAGGACGUGAAGGCGAAGGUUAGCAUAAACUUUGAAAUCGGCCAGAAGUCUGAACUCUCCCGCUCUCCGGAACACGGAAGGGAAACUGUCCUGCUGAUAACCCAGUUAUGUGUAUUCGGCGAGUUACUUCUCUGAUUGUGUCUUGCACAGGCUGACAUUAAAAUCUAGUUUCCUUCCGCCAAACUCGGGAACGGCGAUCGUGAAGCGUGCGGAUCCAGGAGAAACAACCGCAAAAUUAGCAUCCUUGUACACUAGCUCUGAUAAGAAAGCAGGCACCCACGAUGAGACGUUACCGUGUGAAGGACUAGGAAACUGAUAUUCCACCCAGAAUGGAAGUGUGUCCUUACUGUAAGAAACCAUUUAAACGAUUAAAAUCCCACUUGCCACACUGUAAGAUGAUAGGACCAACUAUACCUGCUGAUCAAAAUGUCUGUCAGUCCAAGCAGGCUACACUCUCACCUGCCAAGAAAAUGAAAAGUCCAAUCAAAGACUUAAAUAAAGCUAAAGAAAGAGAGUUGGGGACAAAGAGUGAGAAAAGAAAUACUAAGUUGAUAAGGGACAAACCAAAACAGACAACUGAGUCAUUUCCAGUACCAGCUACUGGUUUGGAAAGAGCAAGUAAUACAAAGGCAGAUAAAGACAUCAAAAAUCAAAUUCAACUCUCCUUCAAAAUAUUCAAAAAUCCUGAACCAAAGAUUACUUCCCAAGGAGAAACUAAGGCUCGGUUUUGUGCAUCAAAGAACACUACUAAAAGAGAACUUCCCAAAGAGUUGCCUAAAUCAGGGGAAAGAAGAAGUAAUCCUUCAGAAACCAAAGAAUCUUUACCUCUGGGCCCAAUGGAACCUUGUUUAUCAAAUCAAGAUAGGAAACAUUCUUCAGCCUUACCUAAUGAUGUACAAACCACUUCUGCUCAUUUAAAAUUGGAUAAAAUCGAUCCCUCAAGACAGAAGCUUCAAGUAAAAUUACUAGAUAUGCCUAUUGGUGAUUAUCAUAGUUCUCCCAGAAAGCUCAAUUAUGGGGAUGAAAGAGUAAGAACGUCAUUUUUAAGUGAUGAGAGAGACACCAAGGCCAGGGAUCACCUCUCAGAAGUCUCUACUAACGUUAGAGAGACUGAGAAUCAGGAAAAGAACAGAGAGUCACAAAUUUUAGCUUUUAAAGUUAGCCCAUUAGGUAAAAUCCAAGUCAAGAAGAACCAAGGAAAAGGACUGAUCCUCGAAGUAGAGGCACAUGGGAACAAAGGACAUGCAGAGAAAAGUGUAUCGGUGACAAAAAUGCAGGAAUGCCCUUCCGUGAGUGAUGACUCGAAGAACUUCAGUACUGAUGAUUCAGCCACAGAGACGAAAUCUCGAGAUGAAUGUCCCAGUUUAAAUUUGUUCACACCAAGGGAGACAGCUUGCAAUGAGUUUCUUUCUGUGUCACAGUCACGUAAUCCAAGUCUUGCCUCUCUGGCUAUAAAAUUUCUUCAAGAAGAGAAAGCAGCAACCUGCAAUCGUAAUCGAGUCCCUGAUGCAAAGGCAUUGAUGGAGAGCGAGGACCAGGCUUCUCUGCAGCCCCCUCCUGGCUGUUGGCCCCAAGCCUCAAACCCGGGGUGCCAGCAGUCUUUACAUUCAGCCCAGCGCCAUAUUUCUAAAAGUCCCUUCACCCAUCAGAUGGAUGUUCCUGAGAAGAAGGCCCUUCCCAGCUCUCUGGGGCUAGAGUGGUUUCCAGAGCUCUAUCCUGGUUAUCUUGGAUUAGGGGUGUUGCCAGGAAAGCCUCGUUACUGGAAUUCAGUGGCCCAGAAGCCCCUGCUCAUCAGCCCCCAGGGGGAAAGACUUUCACAAGUUCCUUUGUUGGGAAGAAGUUUGACUGCUCUGAGGAGUUGGGAACCACCAGCCAGGCUUGCAACCUCCACCGUUGCUCUAAUGAGACUCUUGGGAGCUGUGCAAAGAGGGUGGAUAAGGUGCAGCGCCAGAGUCGGUGGCCUCACGAUGCUCGUCACCGGAUACUUCGCUCUUUGUUAUAGCUGGAGCUUCAGGCAUCUGAGGCUGCGGCGCUGGCGUCAGUAGUGACCUGGACACCACUCAGGAACACGCCAGAACUCCGAAUGCGGUGGAGAUGGCCACUGGAGAUGUUUAACAAUUUCAUGUUGUAUUGGGGGCAGGUAGAGGGGCUGAAAAGAAUAAAUUAUUUAAAGCAAUUAUUUAGGAAAUAACGUUUUUUUAAUGUGGACAUACCUGGUUCUGUCUGGAUAUUUCUUCAGCUUGCUCUCAAAAGUGACUGAAAGUUACUGAAAAACAUCAGUUUGUUUAAUCAUAAAGGCUGAUGUUAUUCAAGGAGAGGUGAAGAUGACAAAGUUUAUCAUUAAAAUUUUUAAAUAGCAAUUUCCCAAUUGUCAGUAAAAACUAAUACCUCAAGUUUAAAUCUUUCUCCCUAAAAUUCUCUAACCCUUGGCAUUUUACUAUUCAUCUAUACUAGAUACUGAGAUACGAAUACAGAAUAAUAUCUGAAUUGGCAGAAAAUCGGCAUACAUCAGGCCGUCCCCUUAGGAAUGGUUAGGCUCUUUUGGGUCCUCAACCAGAUCGUAGCUGGUAUGAAAAACAAAAAAGCAAAGUAAGGAUAGAUAUAGAUUGCUGGUGAGCCUACGCAAAAUCCUGAGAUAUUCUUUAAGCUGAUUAAAAUAAAAUAGCACAUGAAACCACGUUAAA